AACAUGGCGGUCUGAUGUAAUCCGUAUGUGACUUUCAGCAACCUGAACCAGUCGAACCAGCGCGGUUGGUGUUUAUAUUCUACCGUUCAGUAAAUAAUAACUCAUAGAUUAAUGGAUCUGUUGUAUUUUCGCUGCUCCUGUGACCAUCCACGGUGCCCAUCCAGGUAGCAGAGUGUGGGACUCGAUCCCGGGCGGUUGGAUUCUAGCUUCCCGGGCUCAGUACGCGGUUAUCCAGCCUUCGCCACCGACCAGGAAGCCCUCGAUUGACUCAGGAAACCAAAGUCAGAGAGCGAAGGAAAUUGUUCCACACAUGAGGAGGCAUCUGAAGGGACAACUGCAGCACCACAAACUUGGGGCAAAUGGAUACCAGUGACUCUGGACAAGGGCAAGAAAAGCCGCCAGAGACUCCUGAUUCAACACCCAGCUCCAAGGGACGACAACGGAAGAAAAAUCCCAAAUAUUUGGAUUUUGAAACCGACAAGUUGCUCGAUGAGCAGAACAAAACGGACAGAAGGAGCUCAGAAGGAGGAGCUUCAAAAAGGUCUCCAGUAAAGAGACAAAAACCUGAAAAUGACACACAAGAGGCCUCAGACGGCAAGAAUGAAGCUACAAGUGAAACACCUAAAGAGUCUGAUGGUGUUAAAGCAAAGAAGACUCCUAAAAAGGCAGCUAGAGCCAAGAAAACCCCAACUAAAAGGACUCCAGGUAGAAAAACUCCAUCUAAAAAAACUACCACCACUAAAGGGGCGCUCCCAAAUUUGGAAGGCGGAGUCGCUGAUUCAGCGCAGCAGGAGAAUGGGACGCCAAAACCAAAGAGAAAAUAUGUGAAGAAGCAGCGUAUACAGGUAGAGGAAACGGUUACAGAAGCACCACCAAGUGAGGAGGCACCAGAGGAGAUCACACCAGGGGGGCGCCCCAGGAGAGGAGCAGCUAAAGCGGCGUUGAAGUACCUCCACACUUUGGUCAAAGAAGUGCUCAAUCAUCCCGGGGAUGAGGCAGCCUCAAAGCCAGGAGACGAUAGUGAUGGUGCCGACACAGAUACAGAACCCAAGGGAGAGGGGAAGGGUCCCAGAGGGAGAAAAGGGCGUAAAGGACGGAAGAGGAAGCGUGCCGACUCUGAUGCUGCUGAAGAUGAGGACUUCGUUCCAGAUGCAGAUGAAAUGGAGGCUGAGGAGGUCGAAGAUGAAGACAAUGAUGAUGAGGAAGAGGCAGAAUUUUCAGACUCAGAGCUUUGGCUGAAUGAAAAAAGUCUUGAAACUUUAAAAGCCAAAAGAAGCAAUUCUUACAAGAAAUAUGGAAAAAUGUCUCCCAAUGGGCUCAAUGACCUGAUGAUGAUUCCUGUGUGGGACUCUGUUAAGACCACCAAGAAAUUCCGUGAGGAGCACUGCAGCAGAUGGGUGUUUCCAGAGUGGAUCCCCUCCACCAGUGACUGGAGCCCUGUACCACAAAGUGAUUUGGAGAAAUACCUGCCUCAGGAGCUCCAGUCAGCUGCUAUCAAACUGUCCAGAGAAGGACUCAAAAAUGAGGAGCUGCCUCCACAAAGACUCAGCAGGUUCACAGCACUGCCAGCUCAUCCUGACCGCUGGGACAUGCUUCUGUAUGCAGGAGGACCAGUCUGGGCUUUGGAGUGGUGUCCCACACCUGACGGAGCUCCAGCAUCUCAGUUCAUCGCUCUGGCCUGCCAUCGAGGGAUGGAUGACAAGCACCAGGCCAAUAAGACAUACAUCGAACACGGACUUGUGCAGCUGUGGGACCUGGGCCGGAUGGAGUGCAACAGCAGGCCAGACGCCACACCAGCCUUGUCCUAUGGUUUGGCUCUAGACAAAGGUUUCAUCUGGCAUCUGAAGUGGUGUCCUGCAGGUGGCUGGGAGCCUCCUAACAGUGACAGAAAGGCUCCUUCUCUGCCCAGACUGGGUCUUUUGGCAGUCGCCACGUCCAACAGCACAGUCACUAUUUACAGCCUGCCCCACCCUGAGGCCCUGCUCUCCUACAAGAAGUCAUCAAACUGUGGGAAAGAUGGACAACAGCUGCCGAUUUACCAGGUAAAAGGAGUAAUAACUCUGAAACUGGGCUCCUUUAGAGCACCUCGACAAGAAAAGAGCGGGCAGAUCCUGUCUAUGGAUUGGCUGCAUGUAAAACCACAUAACAUAAUGGCUGUUGGAUUCUAUGAUGGUGUUGUAGGUCUGUGGGAUUUGUCCACCAAGUCUGGGUUGUUGCGGGUGAGAGAGUCUGGCAUGUCACUCAGCCUGCUGCCUUAUCAAUGCUUCGUCGCUCACGAUCACGCUGUCAAGGAUCUGGCCUUCUGUCCAGCUUCCAAAUAUCUGAUUGUGACGGCAGGAGAAGACCGUUUGGUGAAGCUGUGGGAUCUGAGGAGACUCCAUGAUCCAGUCACUGUUCAGAAACGUUACCUGAUCAAUGAAAUCUGCUGGCCGUUGAACGCUCCAGGCUUCCUCUGGGCCCAGGAUAACGCCUACGCACCGAGUGGUAACCAUGGAGUCCACUACUUCGACCAUAUGAUGCGCACCAUCUUUGCAAUUCCUCGGAUAGGCACUAUUUGGUCCAUAUCCUACUCUGAUUGGCUGAACAGUUUGGUGACAGGGGACCGCUUCGGUGAGGUCAUAUUCACCUUGUUUCCUCUCAUGAGCUACACUCAAAUCUACGUCAAACGCUCCAAGGACAGACGAUUUCCUGUCUACCUCACAUCUAUGGUGCCUUUUGACUCCGCCAAUGAAGGAAAUCAGGGGGUGAGAGGAGGAAGUGAGGAGGAAGAGGGAAAUGCUGUUGAACAGCAGGAAGAAGAAGCAACAGAAGGAGAAAACGAGAACAAUGAAAACACACAAGAAGGAGGAAGAGCUAAAAAGGAUAAAAACCCUCCUCUGCAGUCCCACUUAUACCAAGAGGUUGCAAAGAAAUACUUCAUCCAUCAUACAGACAGCAACAUGCUGACCUUCGUAGGUAUCGAGAGGCGACCUGUGUGGAAACGCAUGUGCGACACUGAGGGGAAGUUGAAGCUGAACCUGGAUGAGAUGCCACUGGCUACUCUGCACAAGGUGCGUUUUAACCCAAACAUGCUCAGCCACACAUGGUUGGCCACUGGGGGACAGACGGGACUGGUGAGACUGAUCAACCUGAGGGGAAUGAUUGGCUCAGAAAGCAAGAAGCUGAUGAGUGAGAGUCGCGCUCACUUCAGCAAACUCUACUCCAGGAACGAGCAGGAUGAGCCCGUCCAGACUGUGACAGAAGAGCUAUAGCAGGAGAUCAGCUUCAUCCAGAGACAGAAUGUGGAGAAUAGGUAGGAGUAUAACAACAGCACUGCAAACAAAACAAAAAAAAUUCAAGAUAAUACUAUUUAAUUAUUCCAUAAGGGAUACUGAUAUGAUGGCCAUGUAUGAUUGGUUCAGUUCUGUUCAAAGUAAUCAAAAGCCAGCCUUAAUACUUGACCAAGCAUCAAUUUAUCUCAGAUUCCAAAUGAGAAACAAUAAAUUAUUUCCAGGUUUUUUAACACAAUGGCUUAAAAAUUCUUUGUACUCACCUCCAAUAAGGUAAAAUCUUGCCUGAAAGGGCUUCAAGUUAAUGAAAAAAACUACAAUGUUCAUUCUGUAACACUGUCAACACAUGAUAAAAAUUAAAAUUACCCGUAAAAAGGUUGAGUAAAACAGGAUUAACUAUAUUUUUCCAUUGUUCUUCACAAAAACGCCAUUAAAAGUAUGAUUGGUAAAUGUUUCUUUACGUCCAGUAACCCCUGAUAAAAAAGUGCCUUAUUUAUAAUAUGUUGAAUUAGCCCUGUCCACCUCCUAGUUAUUGAUUUAGAGUUGGGUUUCAGUUGCUCCAGUAUCUCUUAUUUAACCACAAGCUGCAAACAGCAGAAAUGGCAGCAGUCCAAAGUGAUAGAAAUGCAAAUAACAGGCUUCCUUUAAAAUGAUCAUCAAUCAUGUUUUUUUUUUUGUUUUGGUUUGGUUUUUUUUUUGCUUGCUUCUUGUGGUUAAAGUUGUCAGUGAACCUCCAUGCAUGUCAUUACACUGUGACAUCACUGCUGGAUGGUUACAGGAUGCAGAGGACUUACACCUUGGAAACAGGCUGGAGUUUUCUGAAAGAGUGGCCACAGACAAAGCAUGAAGAGGAUGCAUUUAUAACAACAGAACAGUAAAAUUACAGGGCCACUGAAGGGACUUAGGCUAAAAUAAAUAAGCAUUUAAACCUCUUGGGCCCAGAAAAAUAUGUUGUGACAGGUUUGAAUGUUUUUGCACACAACAAAGUCCAAGAGAACUUUUCUCCUGUAAGAAACCUGAUGCGUACACCAGAUAGUUUCUGGUGCACACUAGAUAGUUUUGAGGGCACACUAGAUAGCUCCUGGUGCACACUGAAUAGCUUCUGGUGUGCAUUAGAUAGCUUCUGGUGUGCACUAGAUAGCUUCUGGUGCACACUAGAUAGCUUCUGGUGCACACUAGAUAGCUUCUGGUGCACACUAGAUAGUUUCUGGUGCACACUAGAUAGUUUCUAGGGCACACUCGAUAGUAUCUAGUGCACACUAAAUAUUAUCUGGUACACACUUGAUAGUUUUUAGUGCACACUAGAUAGUUUCCAGCACACUAGCUGGUUGUGCACUCUAGAUAGUUUCUAGUGCACGCUAGAUAUUUUCUAGGGCACACUAGAUAGUUUCUGGUGAAAACAAGAUAGUUUCUGGUGCACACUAGAUAGUUUCUAGUGCACGCUUGCUAAUUUUGAUUAGGUUUGAAUUCAUUAUUUAGUACCACAUUCCAGUGCAGUUUCAUGUCUUCAGGUUUGCUGACUUCACCAGUGAUGAGAAUGGCAGUUAUCAUUCUUUAGGCUGGCUGGUCAAUCAAUAACAGAACUUGUGUUUGUCGUCCAGUCUUUGGAGUGGGUUUCUUCGAAAUGCUUUUAUUUAAAACAACCUCAAAAUACUUUAAAUCUCUCCCAACUGUGUAUUGCUGUCUUGUUAAUAAAUCAGCAACAGAAAGCUGGAAAGUCUUCUCUUGUGUCCUUUAGGGGUUUCUGCUGCUGAAUUUGUGUAAUUUUUCUUUCUUGUAUGUCAAAAACAACUCAGGAUUCAACUGAGAGGAAAUACUUGAAUUUUAUAUGGUGAAUGCUGAAUGUAAGGUUUGUAAAUAUCCAAAUUUUAAGUCUUUUCUUUCAUUGUUCCUUUCUUUAUCUGUUCAGCUUCUUCUUGCUGUUGUUUCUCUGAUUUAAAAGUUUAUGUUCUUUAUUUUUAUAUUUAAUUAUAAGUAUCAAAGAAACAGAUAUUUUUUACAGGCACAUCUGUGUCUUUUUUAAACAUUAUCUGAAACUUAAGUUAUUCUAGAUUUUAGUGAAAAUGUUUUGUUAGAUUUUUCAAUUGUUUGCAGUCAUUGUAAAAAUUAUGUUGUAAAACUGUCAUUUACAAUAUUAUCAAUGACUUUUAUUUUGAUAGUUUUUCCAACUGUUUACAAACCUCAGAAGUCCUUUCCUCUUCAGUAAACAUAGUGAUGUUUUCAGUCAUCUUUUACAACUUAAUCAGACAUUUCUUAGUCAUAAAAAUGAUCAUCAAAGCAUCAAAAUGUACCACACUUAUUCUGUUUUUCCUUUACUCUUGUGUUUUUUGUAUGUGAAU